AUACUUUUGAGGAUUUACUACAAAUGAUUGGAUGUAUGCUAAUAGAUCCAUUGGAGAUCGAUUCAACAUGGCAAAGUCUUCAUUGUCAGUAUCAUUCGUUCGAGUGGUUACAGCGUUGUGCAGAAUUGCACACCGAUUCAUUAAAUGGCCUCAACGAGCAGAAAUAGAGGAGGUCAAAGAGAAGUUCCAAAAACUUUCGCAUAUUCCGGGUGUACUUGGCGCGAUUGACGGAACAUAUAUUUUUAUUAAAGCUCCACAAAUAGAUCCAGAGGUGUAUAUAAAUCGAAAAUGUUUUUAUGGCAUUACUCUGCAAGCCAUCUGCGACCCAUCGUUGAAAUUUAUAGAUUGUUUUGCUGGCUAUCCAAGCUCCGUAAGCGAUGUCAGAAUAUUUCGUAACUCGGAUAUCUAUGCACAAAUAAGUGAUGAACCGCAAGCUUACUUCCCAAAUGGGGAGUUUUUGUUAGGAGACAAGGCCUACCCUGUACUAACCUGGCUUAUUCCCCCGUACAUCGACAGAGGGAACACUACCGAAAUUCAAAGGCACUUUAAUAGAAAUUUGGCUAGCACUAGACAGGUGAUUGAGAGAUCUUUUGCGUUACUGAAAGGUCGUUUUAGAAGAUUAAAAUAUUUGGACAUGAAUCGUACUGAUUUGAUACCUGCUACGAUAUUAGCAUUAUGUGUUCUGCACAACAUGUGUAUCGAUCAUAAUGAUUUAUUUAUAGAAGAAUAUGUCAUUGAGGGAAUGAACAAUGACAACCAAGAUGCAGAGCUGAUUAAUUCCGUACAUCGAGCUGUGCCUGGUGAAAAUGAUGGACAUCCGAGAAGAAACGAAUUAGCCGAGUUAUUGUAUUACCGAGUCUAG